AAGGAGAAAGGAAAUGAAGGUGUUGUUGCUCUGGACUUGCGUGUUAAGACGACAAAAAAUCCUGUGACAAAUGUUCUUGAAGAAAUUCCAGAGCUGGUUAGUAUUAUGAUUAAUGUUAUCAAGGCAGGUUUAUUAGGUUGUGUAUAGUACUCAUUACAAGCUGUUUAGCCCAAAAAUCUUUGCAACACUUAAAUGGUCCUUCUUCAAUCAGGGGGUGCUGUUCAGAGAAAUAUAAACUUGCCAUUAUUUGUCUGUAAAGAACUUUAUCUUGGUAAUGACUUCUGCACAGUCUUGAAUGCUCAUUACAUAUUAACACUUGCUGCCUGUAACUAUGCACUUAUAUAUGGAGGAGAGUGUUUUACUGGGAACUAAACCACUCGUAGAUUCCAUACGCCACUUCAUCCGGGACCCGAGUGGCGUAUUUUCCGUAUGUCACCUUUGUGAGUGUCGUAUCGUUCAAUGACGUCACGAUUCCCGCCUUUUGCUUUUGUUUAAUUGGUUUCUCCAUAUAAUAAAAAGAACAUUACACGUUGGCGAGAAGAUAUGAAUUUUAUGUUCUCGUGGCAAGAACAAUAUCUCACUUGUUCGCUUCGCUCACUCGUGAGAUAUUGUUCUUGCCACUCAAACAUAAAAUUCAUAUCUUCUCGCCACCGUGUAAUAUCCUCUGUAUAUCAUCUGCUAUUUCUAUCUUGCCCCAGAUAAAACUGUUACCAUUUUAGUCACUAAUUCGAGCAUUAUUGAUUGCUUCAUUCCCUUUUUUCCUUUUAAAUGUUUAGGAUCUUGUGUGGGCUGAGGAUGUACAAUUUGUUCCCUACACCCCUCCCCCAGUGUCUGAGUCUGUCCUGGAUCAUGGUAUCAUUGAAGAGUGGAGUGAAAGGAUUGCACUUAUUGAUGAUGACUUGAAAUGGCUGAUGAGCCUUCCACAUUCCAGAUUCUGGUGCCAGGUAAAAUAUUUACCUAUUAUUGAGCCAGGCUGAGUAGGAGGUGAAGCAGGGUGCAAAGAAAAUCAUUUUUGCAGCUUGCCAUUAGCUGAAGCUAGCACUUACUAGCCCAGACGUCAUUUCAACUAGCCCGAAAGCUUUUUGACGAGCAGAAUUGAUUUCACAGUAAUCUUCUGUUAUUCAUAUUCCUCAAAAAACAUCACUUGCCCAUCAGGCAAGUUAAAAACAGAAUUCACUAGCCCAAAAGAAAAAUCCACUCGCCCUGGGCUAUCACACACUACUUUCUUUGCACGCUGUGAAGAAUUAUGCAGAUCGAGGAGGAUGUUUGGCCAAGGUGGAUAACAUUCUCUGAGAUCUGCAUCAUUCUUCACAUCAUUUGAAAGCUGAUUUCAAUAAUCCUUUUAUUGUUCAUUCAAAAUAUUUCUAAGUUCCUGACAAUCUUACCUUCUCAUAGACUUUCUUUAAAACUUUGGCCUAUUUUUUUGCAUGGUUUCAGGAUAAAAACAGAUGUUUUUCCGUGCAGAUGAUCCUCAAAAAGUAGAUAACAUUCUUUGAGCGAUCAUCUGUAUUUUGCAUAUUCUUGCAUUUCUGCCAUUCAGUUAGUUAGAACCUCAGCUAUUUCGUCUAUUUUACCAUCCAUAUACCCAAUCUAAUAUUUUGACAUCUGAAAGUCUUGGUAUUAGGGGAGAGCAAAUAACCAGAUAAAAGCCUCUCAGAGCAAGGGCAAGACUAGCACGUAAAAGCAUAACCCACAUGUGCUGUUGUCCCCGGAUUCAGAUAAACUCAUGCCACACAAUUCCACCCAUGAUGCUUGAUAAGAUAACGUGAUAAACUUUGUAAGCUCAUUACAUGGCAAUCACAAAAGUCAGCUUCUUUUAGGUCUUUCCUUUUGUCAGAAAUAAUAAUAUUGACCCUAGAAGUUGUAACCUAGUAGGGAUUUGAAGAUUUCUUUUUAGUGUAGAGUUUGUAGUAAUGAUCUUAAUUGCUUUUAUUAUUUUAAAGUAUAAAAAUUGGAGACUUGGCUUUUCGGCCAGUCUAAAUCUUUAUUGUAUUUUUAUCCUCCUCCUCCUCUCUAUUUGUUUUUUGCCAAAUUUUUAUUAUGUGAAGUGUAAAGGAAACCUGCAUGAUAUUGCACAUUUCUUCAUUCUCUUGAAGGUAAUAUUUGAUGAAACAUUGCAGCAGUUUCUGGAUUCUUAUCUACAAUUUGCACCAAGGUACUGAAAAGACCUUUUUCAUUGAACAGUUUUUGUUGUAGGUUGUGGUAAGGAAACUUUUACGUAUUUGUUAUGUGGUGAUCCAAACAUUGUUUUAUCACCUAGAAAGUUUGAAAUUAGGUCUUGUGUACUUGUCCAAAGUUUGCGAAACCAAUCCAUUAUUGUUUUAUGUACAUGGGUUUGAUUUCAAACAGUUUGCUUUAACAAGUUCUUCUCCUCAUUAGGAACUUUGAUGCAUCAGUUCUUUCACCAGAAUUAGCUUUUCUUCAUGAGAAUGUACACAAAAGAGUUUUCAUGACAUAUGUUAGGAUGUCAACACAUAAGGAGUCCAAGGUAAGGAUAUUUUUCUCAUAAUCCCCUCAUAAUAAAAAAGUUCUGGCAGGAGACUUAGCCCUUGAAUCAAAAGACAAUAAUUUCUUCUUCCCUGUUUGUUUACAUACAACAUACAACCCAAAGGGCCAGUUAUUUACACAGAGUUUAGUCCAUGUUUCACAAAACCACAUUCUAAGCUAUUUUUUUCUUUGACCAAUGCUUUUAUCUAAGAACCAUUUUUUGUGAACAUUUUAAUAAGGCAUAUAGCAUAGACUGGAAAAGCACUCUACCCAUUUAUAGCGUAGACUGGAAAACCGCAGCCUAAGUUUGACUUUGUUUAAAUAACCUACCCAAAGUGUUGUAACAGUACUGCAUACCUCCUUGUGAUACUGCACGAGUUGUAUUAAUUUUGACUUUUUAAUUUGUUGGGGAUAUAGUAGUUUGAAUUUGAAUACUCUACCCAACUUUUCUGCUGUAAUUCAACAUGGUUAAGGAAUGAUGGUAGUAAUUUUUCAAAUGAAUGUCAAUUUCCCAUGGUCUGUACUCUUAUUGUCAUUGAGCAUAGACUGAAGUGACAUCAAGAUGUUCGAAACUAAAAGUGGUUUCACUGCAAAGUUUUGAUCAUUCUAACAUCAUGUCUAUGGUCGAGUAUAGACCAUGGAAAAUUAACAAAGACAACAACAGCUUAGUUUUACUACUGUGGACAACUAAAAGAAUUUUCAAAAUUUUAAAUAAACAGUACAUGCAGUAGUGGGACACCCGAAGUAAGUAAAAAGCUAAACUNCUUUGUUUAAAUAACCUACCCAAAGUGUUGUAACAGUACUGCAUACCUCCUUGUGAUACUGCACGAGUUGUAUUAAUUUUGACUUUUUAAUUUGUUGGGGAUAUAGUAGUUUGAAUUUGAAUACUCUACCCAACUUUUCUGCUGUAAUUCAACAUGGUUAAGGAAUGAUGGUAGUAAUUUUUCAAAUGAAUGUCAAUUUCCCAUGGUCUGUACUCUUAUUGUCAUUGAGCAUAGACUGAAGUGACAUCAAGAUGUUCGAAACUAAAAGUGGUUUCACUGCAAAGUUUUGAUCAUUCUAACAUCAUGUCUAUGGUCGAGUAUAGACCAUGGAAAAUUAACAAAGACAACAACAGCUUAGUUUUACUACUGUGGACAACUAAAAGAAUUUUCAAAAUUUUAAAUAAACAGUACAUGCAGUAGUGGGACACCCGAAGUAAGUAAAAAGCUAAACUAGUUGGGUGAUAAUUUUUUUUUUUAACAAUAACUUCUUGACAGUUUUUGACAUCCAUUCCCGUCAAAAUUUCUCAGAAAAUCAUGCGGGCCAGAAAGGGAAAAACAAAAUUCAACACCAUCAUGUCAAUUCUAUGGUCUGAAUAGUGGUGUAACAAUUAAUCGCAUUCUCGAUUAAUCACGAUAAAAAAUUAUGACUGUUUGGUUCAAUGCACAAUUCUUUGGUUCCAUGUUUCAAUUUUCCUUUUCCAGGGUGCCCUUAGUGAGUUAUUAUAUUGUAAAAUCAGAUUCAGGAACUCUUUAAAGUGUGCGUUUUUGAUUGACCAGCAGUUUAUGUGACGUUUUUUGUUGCCUGGUAAAAAUGCUGUCUUUAAACCACCCCUUGAGAAUUUCCAAAUAAGGCAAACCAUAUGCGACACGCUCAUUGUCAGGUUCUCAAACAUGGCGAUAAAUGAACAAGCAACUGUGAAUCCUCCUUUCCCUGUUACUAUUCUCAAAUUGAGGGUUUAGGGUUGCAUGUUGUUUACAUUACUCGUUAUGUCGUAAGAAUUAAGAAACAUUUACAUAAUCGAAAUCAAAAGGCAAUAAUCGAAAUCGAAUCCAGUCGCAAGGAAUAUGAAUCAUUACCCCCUUAGGUCUGAACCUAUUGACCAUACAAUGUACCUCUCGACCAAUCCACACAAGAAAUCACUCAGUUAUUGUAAAAUGUCUCUUACUCCUCAUUUACCUUGCAGGAGGACUUCAUUACAGCAGACACAUUUGGUGACAUUCUUUAUGAGAACUUUCUUUUUGAUAUUCCGAAGAUAAUGGAUAUAUGUACCCUCUAUGGGGGUGAGAAUAGUGCUAACACACCACUUUUGCGGAAAAUGCUGGACAAUAUCUUCUCCAAACAACCAAAGUAAGAAGCCUUUACUCACUGAAGAACUUAAUUAGAAAGACUUUAUGAACUUGAUUUUUGUUUAGUUCUUCAUUGAUACAUUACGUAUGUUGCUAGAGAUUACCUUGUUUAGUUUUCCCAGGGUGUAAAGAAAGUGACUUUUACAGCCUGCCAUUCGCGCAAGCUGUAGCUAGCAUGUACUAGCCCACAAGUCAUUUCAACUAGCCCCAAACCCUUUUUGAUUAGCAGGAUUGAUUACAAUGCUUCUGUAAUUUGAAUUUCCCCAGAAAACAGCAGUUGCCCUUUGGGCAAGUGAAGAACAAAAAUCACUAGCCCGAUAGCAAAAUCCACUAGCCCCGGGCUAUCGGGCACUACUUUCUUUGCAUGCUGUUUUACCAACUUUCAACCACCUUGAUCUCUACCAUGGAUUCCUUUGGGCAUCUCAUGAGGGUUGCAUGUCAUUAACAGCAGAUUGUAGAAUGGUAUGAUCAAGUUUUCUGGGCCCCUGGUCUCUGCUGUUAAUACAGUGAUGGCACAGUCAUAAUACAUAAUUGGAUUAAACUCCUAAAAAUCGAUUCCACUUGCAAUCAAUGAUCAUGCUGACUAACAGUCAGCAAAACUCUUAUAGUGAUGAGAAAACAAACAUGAUAACUUUAUUUAAUGUUGAUUGUAAAGGGUUUUUUGUCAUAUUUUAUUUCAAUCUGAUAUAAGGGACCUGAAUAAAGUGAUGGUAAAUCGUGGUGUUUGGGAGGAGGUCUCCAUGAAUAUCUCGUCCACUCCAGUGGUCAAAGGAUGAUUAGGAUGAUGAUUUCAAUUAGCCAUCCCAAAAUGAGCUGUUAAAAAUCCCAUGCCAAUCUGGCACAAACAUAAUAUCAUGCUUGAGAGAUGAAAAAAUAUUGUUGUUUUUAUUACGACUUACGCGUAAUUCCUUGAUAAUUUGAGUUAUGCUUAAACAAGUGAACGGAAGAAAAUGUGCGUACAAAUGAGGACAAUUUUUGUAUUAGGAUUACAUACUCUCAUUCAACAUUUUACAUUUUUACUUUUCUUUUGCUAGGUAUCACAGUGACCUUGAUGCAACAAUCCCAACAAUUUAUGAAACAUUAGAUGAUAUAUUGUCAAAGUGUGGAAUUAAAUACAAACUGGAUGCAGAAACUGACCAGCCUCAGAAACUUAGUGAUGUGAGGAAUGGACCAAGUGCAUCAUUGUCUGUUCGACAAUUAGAGGAUAUUGUGCUUUAUUUAAAUGAUACAACAGAAACACUGCUGGCCUUCCUGAGCACAUAUCCCGUGGUCUGUGACUCAUUUGUCAGGCAUGGAUUUGUUCAAAGAGUGGCUGGCUUCUAUGAAUUGCUUGUUCCACAUUUUAGAAAUUGUUUAAUUGACAUUAAAUCACAGAAUUUAAAGGAAAAGUGGAAGCAUGUUAAGUUGGCUCUCAUUAAGGUUUGCCAUGUUAUUCUUCACACUUGCUGCAUCGAACCACUGGAAAGAGGGUAUGUCCACCAGAACAUUUUAAAUAUAAACGGCUUAUUUGAUGGUUUGCCGAUAAUGAUCAAAUUUUAACCGUAAAAUCUGCAAGACAUCUGAACUCCGAGUCCUGUCAGCCUCAUAAUGAGUGGAGUAUAACAACCAUUUUUUGCCUCUUUUCAAUCACUGCAAAUUUAGCUUUUCUGUACAUGUAAUCAACCCUCCCUAACCGUCCCCUCCCCUUAACCCCGCUCACGUAGAAAACGGAAGGGAGGGGAUCCUUCUACACGUAGGGUACUGCAAUUUUUACUUUGAUUAAGCGAGUGACUCUUAUUUAGUCUAGUAGCCGCAGCCAUACAACCUUUAGCAGUUAAACAGUGGAUUACUGCACUGUACCUUGUGGGGUAACCAUGAUCUUGAGAUUUUAGUUUUCGUUUUGUCUAGAAGCAAGCUCAUGUGGGUAAACUGGCUCGGUAUUAUGAGACAAAGAAAAUUUAGUUUCAAAUGGAAAGAGUGGAGCCAUAUUAUUAUAGACGUCUUUUAUCUAUUCUAGCUCAAAAUACUGACGACAACAUUUUACUUUUUUUCAUGAACAAAGCGGCAGCAGCGAAGACCAAGUUCAAAGUUGUGUAGAGAAUUUUUUGCAAGUUCUUACAUCAAUUCUUUCUGAGAAAAGGUAAAUAAUGAUAAGUGGGGGUGUUGUAUUUCCUGUCUUUGGUUAAUAUUGUAGGUGGGAGACUUAGGGAGAGCUACUAUGGCUGUUAUUUUACGCUUAUUUUUGUCGCGUUUGUGGGACUACGAAAAACAUCUAGUGGGUCCUGGAUAUCCCUUUAAAGAUACAUACGACCAUAUAGCACGUCCAAUAUUAAUUUUAUUGCUUUUAAAAAAAAUAUUCCCUUAUGCCAGUCACCAAGAUAAUUAGUUUCUUUACCAUCAAAAGCCUGAAAACUGCAAAACUGUACGCCAUUAGAUAUCCUAAAAGCUGUCAACAGUUAAGGGACUUUCCAGAAAGAAAGAGGAACUAAUCUAGCGGAAACUUACAGUGUUUUCAUAUAUGUCAAUAGAUUGAAUUGAUUUAGUAAUCCCGUGUCUCUGCUCUUUGUUCAGAUUUCUUAGCAGUUAUGACUCCAGAUUCGUAAUCAAAGAAGAUUUAAACAGAAUUCAGCGGUGUUCAGUGAGCACGGACGAGACUAGAGUGGAAUAUAUAAUGGCUGCUGUUGAAAGUGCGAGAAGAGCAUUUCCAAACCAUGUAAAAAGAAAAGAAAAUUCCACAAAACCUCACUCAUCAACUGCGGCCUUUGGUACUGAAAACAACGUUGUUGCUGUUAAUGGCCAGUUUGAGAGCUGGAUAGAAGAAGAUGUAAGAGAAGUUAAAGAAGUCAUGGAUGAAAGAGUGAGUGAUAAAACAAGGAUGUCCGUUUUGGGCGAAAUCAGACUGAAAUUGAUACCUCAGGGGCACCCAACGACAAUUUUCGGAAAAGAUCUGUUGGGAAGACGAUUUGAGAUCUAGAAUUUUUGGAACAUUUGUUGUAAAAUUUCUUGUUUUCCUGCCUCUCCUAGGAUUUGCGAACAUCUAAAAAAUGGUAUAAUUGCCCAUUUUUAACGGAUUUUUACCCUGAAAAGGUCACCUAAAAUUUUCGGGAGCCUUUUUUCUGGCUGAAAUUUUCGAAAAGGUAAGUUUUGAUCCCUAUAAUUUUCGGAUCACUAGACUUUCAGCUAGUAAAUCCGAACAGAUGAAAAAUUUUUAGGGAAUAAAAAUAUGCCUAUAUCUACCGUUUAAAUACNAUUCAGCGGUGUUCAGUGAGCACGGACGAGACUAGAGUGGAAUAUAUAAUGGCUGCUGUUGAAAGUGCGAGAAGAGCAUUUCCAAACCAUGUAAAAAGAAAAGAAAAUUCCACAAAACCUCACUCAUCAACUGCGGCCUUUGGUACUGAAAACAACGUUGUUGCUGUUAAUGGCCAGUUUGAGAGCUGGAUAGAAGAAGAUGUAAGAGAAGUUAAAGAAGUCAUGGAUGAAAGAGUGAGUGAUAAAACAAGGAUGUCCGUUUUGGGCGAAAUCAGACUGAAAUUGAUACCUCAGGGGCACCCAACGACAAUUUUCGGAAAAGAUCUGUUGGGAAGACGAUUUGAGAUCUAGAAUUUUUGGAACAUUUGUUGUAAAAUUUCUUGUUUUCCUGCCUCUCCUAGGAUUUGCGAACAUCUAAAAAAUGGUAUAAUUGCCCAUUUUUAACGGAUUUUUACCCUGAAAAGGUCACCUAAAAUUUUCGGGAGCCUUUUUUCUGGCUGAAAUUUUCGAAAAGGUAAGUUUUGAUCCCUAUAAUUUUCGGAUCACUAGACUUUCAGCUAGUAAAUCCGAACAGAUGAAAAAUUUUUAGGGAAUAAAAAUAUGCCUAUAUCUACCGUUUAAAUACUAAAAUGCGUUUAACAAUGCUGUGUUUAAGUGGUUUUGAACUAUAUUCUCUUUGGGUGCCCCUGAUACCUUCCUGACUAAGUUUGAAUUCCCAAUGUUAUGUUUGGUAAAAUUAAUCACACCAGAAAAUACUGUUUUUAAGUUCUGUACUGUUUUUUAUUUGACAUUAAAACAAUGGGUCAUUUCCCACUUGCUAUUCGCCUCUUUUUUAAAAAGAGGGUAAGUACGAAGUCCAAGAGAUAGAAAUAUGUGGUAUUUUCGUUUUCCGUGUCAUCCAUCUGUCCACUGUACGUGAAUACCCAUCAUAAGAUCGUAGCCACAGUCACGGGUUUGACGUUAGUCUUAGUUUGUAUUCACACAAUUCUUGGCGAAAGACAUAGAAAAACUAUAUUCUUAAUUUACAGAGCGAUGGAGCAGUUUCCAAGACUGUUAACGAGGCGGAGUUAUUUUCUUUGGUGAGUCAUGUACAGGAUCUACUACCGGGGCUUGGUGACGGUUUCAUCAUUCUCUGUUUGGAGGAGCUUAACUACGAGGUAGAACAAGUUAUCAACUUAAUCCUCGAAGACAAUUUGCCACCUUGCCUUCAAAACUUGGACCGAAACUUGUCAAAAGAUGAGGCAAUGAAAAAUAAAAAGCAGCCGGUGAAGACUGUACUGGAGCAAAGGCAUUCGGUCUAUGACAAAGAUGACUUUGAUGUUUUUGCGGGGAAUAAGUUGAAUCUUUCGAAGAUCCAUAAGGGCAAACGUCGUGAUGUAGGUAGCAUUAAGAAGCUGUUAUCUGACAAGAGUGAUAUAACAGAAUCCGUUAAGGAGAGAUACGCAGCUUAUGAUGUGUUUAAUCGACAUGUUUGGACUGCGAGCUUGUACGAUGAUGAGUAUGAUGACACCUAUGACUCACAAAAUGUAGGAGCACAAGAUGCUGAUUCAGCAGAUGAGCUCACAAUACGAAGGUAGGUAGUUAAGCCACAGGUAUCGCAAGUAUUGAUGUUACUUGAGGUUGGAUUGCCUGUGGUUAUGGACGUUCUCGUUUUGCUGGUGUUUGAUUCUCGACCCCAGAGCUCACGCUUUUGACUCCGCCGUCCGUAAUCAUGCGCCGCCUGGUUGGCUCGGUUGGGAGAGCGCCGCGCCUGGACCAACAACCAGGGUCUUUAAAUAACUGAGAAGAAAGGGCUGCCUUUGUUAUGACAUCUGCAAACGGGUAGACUUUCUAGUCUUCUCGCUAAAGGACGAAAAACCCUAGGUCCCCUCUCACAACAUUUUCACUUAUCUGGUUUUUGUGGGACGUAAAAGAACCCACACCACUUUUCGAAAAGAGUAGGGUCGUUGACCCGGGUAGUGUGGCCCAUCUUUUCUGGGCUGGGUGGGUUAUCUGUAAGGAGAGAUCUUAAUAAUAGGGAUAACCUCAUGAUCCUUCUCCAGAUGUCGUAAAUGGCUACCUGUAAACAUCAAGUUGCUGGUUAUGUGCAAUUAGUAGGCGGGGAAUUGAAUAGUUGUUUCCCAAAUAAAAUUAGCUGGGGGUCGUCCUCAUAGUAGCCGGCCUUUACUGAAAAUUUUUUUUUCAUAAAACGUUUUAAAGCGACAGUAUCACCAAGGAUAACGCCCCUCGAAAAUCGGGCGAAAGUUUUUCUAUAUUUACUUAAAAUCCCCUGAGAGCUACGUCAUACAGGAUCAUGAAAACUUCUAAAAAAUAUCUUUGUUUCGGAAAGAUGGGAAAGUUUGACAGUGUUAUUUGGGAACAAUCGACCAAAAACCAUUGAUUGUGUUCAGCGGCUCAUACAGUGGAAAGUGAAGUCAGUCGUCUUUCUGUUCAGUGUUGUUGAAAGGUCAUUUUGUGCGCCAGCGAGUGAACCAUUAUAAUUUUUGCUUAGUUAAGGCAAACAAUUGGUAGAAUUCUCGUGAUACUAUGCCUUUCAUACGCAUGCAAUUGUUGCGUUGUGGCUGCUUCCGUUCUAUUUUGGUUUUGGAGUCACAGAAAAACCCCGUUACUGUAUGUAACAAAGUUUCAAUAGUCUGCCGCCGGUUUUAAUAGAGCGAAGGGAGAAAUUUCUAGGACACGCCCUCUAUAAAAACUAACUGGUGCCCGCCACGCAGGCUAAGUUUCACGGGACAAAUUGGAAAAUGCAUGAGUUUGUUAUUACGGGAAUACGUACGUCGUUAGCAGGGUCUUCUACCAGACGUUUUACCAUCACUGGGAUGACUGUAAACAUCUCCACACCAGGGUCUUCGCUAUGAUUAUAAAAAGAGACCAAGAUUCCGUAAGAUCAUAGUCCCUCAGUACAUUUGAAACCAAGAUGACCAUCCGUAACGGUAAGCCAUCGAUCCCGACGACCUUAGGGGAAAAUAAUAGACUGUAAACAGAUUAUUCGAAUCGAGAAACAUUGAGAGUGUUGUUCAAACAUGUUUUAUAUAUAUAUAUACCAGCGGUUGGGUUUCAUCGUCAGUAAUUACCUUUGUUCACAUUCACAGACCCUUUACUACUCCUCGUGUUUUGGGCGGCUCACCCGAACCCUCCAAUGACGAGGAGGAGGAAGAUGGAGAAAAUGAAGAUGACCCAACCCAGAAAGAAAGCAUAGCGAAAUCACAAGACGACCAAGUAGAUAAAUCCUUGGUGAACCGCAGACAACGUGGUAGAGGACACGAAAGACAGGGUCCGAAAAAAGACGAAGCUAACAAAGAGGGGCAGAAAGGGGGGACCAGAGGGCGUGGCAGGGGUGUAAGCGCUUCAGAGUCGAAACAAAGAGCGCAUAAUGAAAGAAACAAAGGAACGAGAGCAAAUCACAAUCGAAAGGCAGGAGCAGCCGUUAAGAGAAACAAGGGCAUGGGAAUGCUGCCAUCACGAUAA